AUAAAAAUAUUGAAAUAAAGAAAGAAAAUGGCCUUUUCCGGGCGAGCGAGCCAUAUCACUUGUGUUGAAAAACAGAACAAAUCCUAUAUAGUUCCGUUGAGCCGCUCGUAUCGACUGGUUGUGCGAUGGCGUCAGGGAUAAAAACGCUCAUUUGUUUCGUGGCCGUCACCCUCCUGCGCCCCGCCUCCUGCCGAGACGAAGAUAGGAUCAUGAAAGCAUGCUUUUGGCCUUAUGAAGUAUACGAGCCUUGCUUCGGUGGCUGCGCGGAGGUAUCAUGCGACAACCCGCGCAACCACCUGCGGCCGUGCUACCCGUACUGCGAGCCCGGCUGCGUGUGUCAGGAGCCCUACGUGCGCGACGACCGCACGCACCAGUGCGUGCUGCCGCAGGACUGCUCUCCGACUCAAAUGGGCAUCCCGGUGCCAACGAGACGUUCUGAAAAAUACAACACAAACAACAACUACAAUACGAAACGACACUAUGCGAAAAAAGAAGAAGAGGUUCCAGAAGUAAGAGAAAACGAAGCGGUUUCGAUAAGUCAGUCGAAUCCACGCACGAAGUUCUCAUCAGAUGUGUCGAGAAUGGGGAACUACUUCAAUAUAGUGAUAGCCCCUCCGCCUAUAAGGGCGCUGCAGCCCAGGAAGAUAAUGCAAAGCGAAGCUCACAGAGCGCCUAAACGAAUGUUACAGUAA